AUGGGCCCCGACUACUGCUCGGCGAGCAACUGCAUCUCCAACUGCGACUCGAAAAGCGAAUGCAAUCCUGGUUGGGGCAAGGAAUGGAGCAAGCGCGACAAGUGUCCCUUGAAUGUCUGCUGUUCCAAAUUUGGUUUCUGCGGAACCACGGAAGAAUUCUGUGGCGGAAAGAAAGUCAAACCUCCUACUUGCUCAGGCGGAACCUCUGCGAAUAAGCGAGUCAUCGGAUACUUUGAAGGCUGGGCUCAUACAAAGAACUGUGGAGGCCUAACUCCAGAGAAGCUUCUCAAUGGCGCUUAUACACAUCUGAACUAUGCGUUUGCAUUCAUCAACCCUAGCACCUUUGAGAUUGCAAACAUGCAAGAUUCCGACGAUCAGUAUAUGGCCCGUCUCACCAACCUGAAAAACUUCAAUCCUGGCCUGAAAAUCGCUGUUGGAGGCUGGAGUAUGAAUGAUCCAGACCAGCCAACCAAGAGAACGUUUUCUGAGCUUGCUGCUAGCUCUGACCAUCAAAAGACAUUUGCCAAUUCUCUCCUAUCUCUCAUGGACAAAUACGGUUUUGACGGUGUAGACAUUGACUGGGAAUAUCCAGUCGCAGAAGAGCGGUCCGGCGUGCCAGAAGAUUUCGAUAACUAUGUAUCGUUCCUUAAGAAUAUGCGUGGAUAUCUAGGUUCCAAGGGCCUGAGUAUUACGCUUCCUGCUUCUUAUUGGUACCUGCAACACUUUGACAUUAAAAACAUGGAACAGCAUGUCGACUGGUUCAACAUGAUGAGCUACGACUUGCAUGGCACUUGGGAUGGCACAAAUCCCUAUCUUGGGGCAUUUGUCAACGCUCAUACCAACCUUACAGAGAUCGACACGGCUCUAAAUCUGCUUUGGCGCAACGACAUCAAGCCUGAAAAGGUGAUUAUGGGCAUGGGCUUCUACGGCCGUAGUUUCACGCUGUCUAAUCCCGGUUGCGCCACCGCUGGCUGCGGAUUCCGUGCUGGCGGCAACCCAGGCAAAUGCUCUGCCUCGGCAGGUACCCUGAUGUACUCGGAAAUCAAAGACAUUAUCAGCUCAGGAAAGGCCACAGUCACAACGGACAAGGAUGCUGCAGUCAAAAUUGUCACUUUUGACGGAGAUCAAUGGGUAUCGUACGAUGAUGAAGAAACACUUCGCACCAAGAUGGAUUAUGCCAACAAGCGAUGUCUCGGGGGCGUAAUGGUCUGGGCUGCCUCCACCGACGACGAGGAUGGAACGGCUAUUCAAGCUCUUUCCAAAGCCGCUGGGCGCGCCGACUUUGCUCUCAACAUCAAGGCUGCUGCAAAAUCCAACGACGCUAGUAAGUGCGUUUGGGGUGAAUGCGGCGCCACUUGUCCUUCUGGUCUGGUGCCUGUUGCUAGCGGUAAAGGAAACAAGAAUGUUCUUGGCAUCGAGCUCGGGUGCAACAAGUCCAGUAGGCCGUUUUGCUGCCCUGCGAAAGACGCGCCCAUAUGCACAUGGAAAGGAUCCAACGGCUUAUGCGGCGCCACCUCGGGUGGGAGAUGCUCAGGCAACGAAAUCGAGAUUGCUGCCAAGACCGACGGUUGCGUCACCGGUCAUAAGUCUCUAUGUUGUUCCAAGACCAGCACCGAUGCCAACUUUGGCGCGUGUAAGUGGUUUGGAGCGGCACCCGUCUGCGCAUCUGCUUCUGCCGUGUCUGUAAUUCUCAACGUGCCUAUUACGGCAGGCUUCUCCUUUGCCUCUUACGGCUGCGGGAAAGAAAAGGAUAAGCCGAUGGAGCUUACGACGGGAAAGCAAGGUGAGGGAGGGCAAAAGUCAUGCUUGUAUAACGGCGGCUUCAAGAGCUAUUGCUGCUCAAACCCUCCUCCUUGGAACAAAUGCCAAUGGCGCUCAGGACACACUACCUGGGUGCAAUGGAAAGAGCUCAUCGCGGGACCGUUGCUGAGUGCGCUCCUGGAUUUCUCGGUCGACUGCAAGACCGGAUGCGAACCGGGCGAAGUGACGGUUGCUACGGAUAGCUUUGGGUGCCGCUCCGGCACCUACUCCUACUAUUGCUGUGCUGACCCCAACUUCAAGGAGCCUCCCAAAGUUGACUACAAAUUGUGCUACCCGCCCAAGAACCCUUUUGUGUCUGCACAGAAAGACCCAGAGGCCAGUGAGAAGAACCUGUUUCUGGAAACGUCUGCCUUUGACAGUGGAUGCGCUCCGACACAUCAGCAGAGAGCUGCACGGCGGAUGAGUCGUUCCAACUUCACGAAUGAGUUGGAGACCUCGUUUCUCUCAAGUCAUCAUGGCCAGCGGCAAGACCUAGAUGCUAGAGGUCUCGGCAUUCGCGGCGCUCAUGCCAAGCAGCCAAUGAAGCUGUGUGACAGGCUCAGGCAGAGCGACGUCAACCUAUACUUCCAAGCCCAUCCGGGUGGUUCAACCAUCUUUAAAGCCACACGUGCUGCCUACACGGCGGCGCAGUUGGGAGUUUGCGCUGUCCCAGGCAUAACUGGGUUGAAAACCCUCGCUUCCUAUGUCAACUGGGUUACCGAGCAUGUCUUUGAAAAGCAGGAAUUCCGUAAUGCGAUACAAUCCAUGAUUGACGGGGUAACUGCUAAAGGCAAUGCUCUCAAAGCCGGAGCGGUUCCUUUUUCCGUUUUCGACACCAAUGGCCUUUUCCAGUCCAACUGGCCCCAGGGGUUUCCCCAAUCGGUUUCGUUCACUAAAACCUGGUCAGGCAAUAUCGCUGAUUUCUUCACCGGAUUAUUGGGUCGCACGUCCGAUGCCGGCCUGCAGAAUAGUUAUAUAGCGAACUUUCAAGUCUGCGAUGAAGACUACAACGCUUACAAGGCUACCAUUGUAGCCGGGCAUGAAUUUAUCUCGGACGCGCUUUGGAAGGCGACCACUGACCAGGAGGAGCGCAUUGGCUUGCUGACCGAUGUUGUCGACACCUUCACAUAUCGCGCAACUUCCAACGUUGUCACGUCUUUCAAGACUGUUUACGACAACUUGGUGCUCAUGUGGGGAGACUUUGGCACGCUUUACGCUCAGAACGGCGGCAACUACGACUUUUCCGGGGCCUUUAAGCAGGCUAUUAGAGAGAAUCUGGAGCAUCAAGUUGAGACUGCUCAAGGAACGUUCUUGACACUGCUGGCCACGUCAAUCACGUAUUGGAACUCCAAUGCGGCCACCAAGAGAUAUGGUGCGCAACUCGUUGCUGAUCAGCAGAAGAAAUUAGCUGGGUUUAAGAAGGACGUUAAAACUUUGAUUUCGUUACCUAUCGCUAAGAUGGCUCCGCCUUGA